AUGGAGUACCAUGACCAGAUUGCCAGUGAUCCUCGAAUGGAUUAUAUCACCCAACCUUCACUAUCAAUCGGUCAGCUGAGGAAGGAUCUCAAGCGCAAAGCAGGGGGUGAUGAUCACGAGGGGAGGAGGGUGAGGAGUGGAGCGCCCCCACCGUCCGCAAUGCCUGCGAGUCCGAGCGUUGAUGUUGUGCCACUGCCCGCUAGACUGUGGGCGCGAAACAAGGAGGGUAGGCGCUCCGAGGGUAAGGAGGAUGAGGGAUACGUAAGAGCUAUGGAGAAGUCUGGGGGGAACCCGUUCUCACCGUCGCCACCAGACGUCGGUAUGACGCCGCAUUCGACUGGUUACUGGGCGGAUGUCAAACAAGACAGAAGCAGCUUCGAACUAGAACAUGCGCGCCAGACAGGAGCCACCAGAGCCUUGAACCAACAACAAGUCUUCAUUUCUUCGUUAUUGCCUGAAACGCGUGGUACGCCGCCAAGUUACAAUGGAUAUGAGGCAUCCAGUUCCUCGUUGCCUAAAAUGUAUGGUACGCCGCCAGGUUACAGCGGGUAUCAGGCGAUGCCAGCAGCGGGCCAUGCGAAGCGCAAGAGGGGCAACGGUGAGGAUUUAGAAGAAGGGGAGAUGGUUGAAAGUUCAAAGCGAAUGUAUUCCAAAGCAGUGGACGCGCCUUCACCAGUACUGCAACGAGAACUCGGUCCCACCGUCGUCGUCUUCUCACACAGUAGCCUGCGUCCCGGUCAACUCCUUCCAGGCGGCGAGAUUGUCGGUUUCAUAGAACUCCCUCCUCUCGCCCAACUCUACGACCUUUACCAUCUUACCUCCUUCAAGUCCAAAGUCGAGCACGCAUGGUUCCACCAUACUUGGCAACAAAUUCACAAGUCUGCUGGAAUCCAAAGACCUUCCUGGCCGCAAAAUUACUGGCCUGAAGAGAUCAGACAGUCUGGGUCUGCGAGCAAAGAUCACACUCUCCGCGCCAUCAAGACUUUCAGACAGCUGGGCGAGGAGAGGUGGCAGGUUCCGAGAUCUGCGUUGUUCGACGAGACUCUACACUUGCUGCUGAAGGAGAUGGAUUACACUAUGUUGCUCCUGCUUGUACACGAUCACCAAGAUGAUCAGGAUGCCUGGUUAAAUAGGCUGAAGGUGCUUGUUGAGAGACUUGAUCCUGCGCUCCGGCCAAAGAAUCAGCUUGCCAACCUCGCGAGUUCCGCAGUCGCAUGGAAGCCCAACGCCGAAGACUUCUAUACCAGAACACAUCCGUGGUGCUCGCCAUCAGCACUUCCAGCUGGAAUGGAAGAUUCGCGAGAACAUGCAGUCUUCUUCAACUCUUGGCCUAAACUCACCUUACCUUCUCAACCAUGGUCGGAUUAUGAAGAGACGAAUGUUGUACAGGACGAGUCAAUGGCUAUGAUGAUGUGA